UUUAACGGUAUGUCAAAUGACUACAUUGGUGAUGAUACUCUAAACUUCACUCAUAGGAAUAAUUUCGAUUCAACAUUGUGACACUCGAUUAUGAUGAUGCUAACAGUUUUGUUCAGUGUAACAAUAUUUGCGCACAGCGUGACUUAUGCCGCAAAAUGCAAUGCUGUCGAUGAAGCAAAAUUAUGUGCCGAUAUCGUACUUGCGUUUGACACAUCGUGCAGUGUCUCAGAUGCAACUAAAGAUGGCGCAAAGGUAUUCAUGGAUGAUUUUGUUAGUUUAUUCAACUCCGUAGGUAAACCAAAUCUUCCGGCGAACUCAACUGAUUUUACCUUUACUCAAUUUGGUUUAUUAGCAUACGACUUAGAGGCUCGUAAAAUAUUCGGAUUCGGAGAUCAGCCGUCAAAAGAUUUCGUCCAGGGAAAAAUUGAUGAGUUCGACCAUACGCCAGUUACUUGUAAAACUGGCAUUCAUAGGGCGCUUAAAAUGGCCAAAGAGGAAUUCUUUGAUUCUGGUACUCAAGAUGACCGCACACCCAACAUUCUCAUACUGUUAACAGAUGGACGAACUCAGCCCAAGAAAUUUAUACCCCAGGUAAAUAAAACAAUGAAUGUCCUGCUGGAGCUGAACAACACAUAUGUUUUUGUGGUUGUUUUGCCUAAUAAAUUCGAUAAGGAUGACGAAAAUGAUACGUUGAAACAACUCAACAUGUUGGCUCCAGAGGGGAACCGAUUCAGCUAUUUGAACGCAGAAAGUAACCUCAGCUUGGCUAAGGAGGUCCGACAGAGGAUAGGCGGAUUUGACCCUUGCCCCGUAUGCGUCAGUGACGAGGGACAAGCGUGCAUACCCGAGACACCUCUCGACAUUCUGCUUAUCAUCGACCAUUCUAAGAGUAUCAAACCUGACAAUUUGAAAGUGCUACAGGAAGCGAUGAUCGAACUUGUCAACGCGUUUGAAAUCGUUGGUGAUGAAGCACACGGGGUUAAGUUCUCCAUUAUCACGUACAACAAAAAAGCAGAAAUAUUGUUAUAUUUUAAUAGUACAGAAGCCAGUUCAAAAGAAGGAACCCUUGGCAUUCUUAAGACAAUGUCUUUGAAACAAGGAAAAGACACCCGCACUGACCUUGCCCUGCAGCUCGCAAAUAGCAAGAUUUUCAAUGCUGCUUUCGGCGACCGUCUUGGUGCUGCAAACAUCAUAAUAUUAGCUACAGACGGCAAAACAAUGAAGAAAAAGUUUCAGAAAAAUACAAUUACUGCAGCGGACGAACUUAAAAGUCGCGGCGAGAGCGUCGACAUUUUCUUGUUAGGCCUACCCACACGUCGAAAGAAAAACCUAGAUGUACAGAUUCGUGAAUGGGACUCAAUUCCAUCAAAACCAGUUAAGGAUCACUUCAAGAAAUUCGAGUUUUUUACCGACAUUGAACCUUAUAUAUCUCAACUGAAAUCUUUUAUCUGUGAAGACCAGAAACGAUUUAUUGCUUCUUUUGAUGUAUAGAAAAAUAAAAAAUAAAAUUUUACAUACCCGAAGAAUUUAUAUAAAGCUGUAAAUGGAAUCAGAAUAUUACUUCACUGACCAAUUUUGCUCGCAACAAUUUUUUUGUUGAAGGUGAGAU